CAAGUACUAAACAAUACUCUACAAUUUCAAAGUUCAAACACAGAACCCUAGCUAGCUACUUGAAGUGUCAAGACUUUGAUCUUUGAUUACACUCACAGACAUUAUUAAUUUUAUAUAAUGGCUGGAUCCACUGUUGUGAUGAAGCUAGUUUGUUUGUUGGUUGUGGCCAUGGUGACGGCUGCACCACUAGCUGAGGCAGCCUUAACAUGUGGACAAGUGUCCACUGGGAUCAGGCCAUGCAUAGACUACCUCAAGAAAGGUGGGGCUAUACCGGAUGCAUGCUGUAAUGGAAUUAGGUCACUGAAUAGCGCAGCCAAGACCACCGUUGACCGCAAGUCUGUCUGCAAUUGUUUAAAGUCGGCCGCCGGUAGUAUCAAAGGAAUUAACCUCAGUCUCGCCGCUGCACUUCCCGGCAAGUGUGGCGUCAGCGUGCCUUACAAAAUCAGCCCCUCUACCGAUUGCAAUAAUGUGCAGUGAGCUUCGAUGGUGCUCGAGAACAAAAUGAAGUGCGUGGAUGUUUAUAUAUAUAUCCAUAUAUACGUACGUUUUUGUAUAAACUCCUUCCUUGUAUGGAGUUUCGUUAAUAAAUUCUAAUAACUAUAAUUUCAUGCUCUUUUUGUCAUGAGUAAUAAUAAUGGACUUCUUAUUGACUCAUU